CGAGAAGGCGGAAGACGGUCCAACCCACCGCCAAGUGGCCCACCAGCUAGCUUGCCAGCCAUCAUGGCCUUCCGCGACAUAUCGAAAGAAGCACUCAUUGGGACGGUCACGCUCGGAGUUGUUUUUAUCACGGGAUAUUUGUUCGGGAAGAGGAAACCUUUCAGAAUGAACUUUUCCAAAAGUCAUGGCAGCGGGCAAAACAACCCACUGAUGCAGUACGUCUUGCGCCACUCCAUGAGGGAGCAUCCUGCCUUGGCCAAACUCAGACUGAGGACACUGGAGCACAACGGAAACGCCAUGAUGGUCUCUUGCGAGCAGUCGCAGUUCAUGGCCAAUUUGGUCCGACUGAUCAAAUCCAAGAAGGCCUUAGAGAUCGGAGUGUACACAGGUUACAACACUCUCAGUGUGGCUCUGGCAUUGCCUGAUGACGGCGUGGUGGUGGCGUGCGACGUCAGUGAGGAAUACGCCAACAUUGGCAAGCCGUUUUGGCAAGAGGCAGGAGUGGAGAAAAAAAUUGAUCUCCGCAUUCAGCCAGCAUUGGACACACUGGAGGAGCUUUUGGCUGCCGGCGAGGCCGAAACUUUUGACUUUGCCUUUAUUGACGCCGACAAAGUGAACUACGACUCCUACUUCGAAAAGUCUCUGCAGCUAGUCAGAAAAGGCGGCAUCAUUGCCAUCGACAACGUCCUGUGGGGCGGCAGGGUGCUCCAACCCGCCGCGGACGACCACGAUACACUGGCCAUCGACAGGCUCAACAAGAAGCUGCACAGAGACGCUCGGAUCAGCCUGAGCAUGCUCACUGUGGGCGACGGCCUCACGCUGGCCAUCAAAUUGUAGGACGGACGGCACCAACACCAGCAGGCUGCUCGUUCCAAGAAUUGUGUAGCUAUGAUGCACUGUUUGGUUUUACUCAAACUAAAUUUACCUCAAUUUGUAUUUCCUCAAAUAGUGGCCAGGGGCGGUUGUUUGCUCAAAUGCAAAGAAUUAGGUGUCUUAACGCCUCCGGUCUUUUUCGUACGCACUUGAGCAACUUCAGCGCACAUCCGAAGAAAAAUAUCUACGGGGGCCACUAUUGCAGGAAAUACAGCUUUACAUGGAAAGUUUGAAUAGGAUUUUUUUAAAACAAAUUUGUAAUUACAAAA